AUGGCUGCUCAAAAUUCCCAUUUCCAAGAGGAAACAAGAAAUAAUCACAGGAACAUGAUCGCUUCCAUCAAAAAUCUUGAAGUUCAGAUGGGUCAGAUAGUACAACAAAUAACAAGUUCUCGAGUACCAGGUUCCUUUCCAAGUGAAAUAGUACAAAAUCCAAGAAACCAUGAUAAUGUUAAUGUUGUCACGAUGAAAAGUAAGAAGGCUACUAAAGAGGAAAAAGUUAUACCACCCGGAAAGCCAACUGAAGAGAAAAAUAAAAAGGAGACUAAACUUGUGAUUAAGUUACCAUAUCCUCUUAGAGAAACAAAGAAGGAACCUAGAGAGACAGACUUUGAGAAAUUCAUGACAAUGUUCAAGAAGAUAGAGAGUCAUAUGCCUUUUUUUGAAGCACUCGAGCGAAUGCCCAUGUACACAAAAUUCAUGGAAGAGGUAAUAGCUGAAAAGAGACCAAUAGUAGAGGGGUCGGUAGCCUCGAAGGAGAAAUGUAGUGCAAUAUCACUAGAUAAGAGAAUUCUAAACAAACAGAAGGAUCCUAGAGAGGUCACAGUCUCAUGCACUAUAAAAGAGAGAACUUUCAAAAAGGUACUAUUUGAUUAUGGAGCUAGUUUGAGUCUGAUGCCAUUAUCAAUCUACCACAUGCUGGGUAUUGAAAAUGUCAAUGAUACUAGGACAAAUUUGAAGUCUGCAGAUCACUCGAUAAAGAAUGCAUAUGGGAUAGAAGAAGACGUGAUGGUGACAAUAGGGGAAUUGAGUUUUCCUGUUGAUUUUGUGAUCAUAGACAUACCUGAAGAUGAAGAGACAUCUAUCAUUCUUGGUCGACCAUUCAUGCGGACAAGUCGAUGCAAUCUCGACAUGGACCAGGGCACAUUAACUUUAAAAGUUUAUGACAAUGAAAUAACCGUGAAUGUUAUUAAAAACAGGAAGCUAGAGGUAGAAAAAGAACAUCACUAUCAAGUAGGCAUGAUCAGGAUAAAUGGGAAAAGGAAAAGUCACAUACCAACAUCAUAA